AUGGACUACUCCUUUCCUUGUGGGAUGUGGCCUCAUAAUUUAAGAAGUCUAACAAUAGGAGGUUUAAAUAAGCCGAUGUCAGAGUGGGGCCCCCAAAAUUUUCCAACCUCACUGGUUGAGCUACACUUAUAUGGAAAAAAUUCAGGAGUGACUUCAUUUGCAGUGGCAGCCGAUACUACUACUCCAUCAUCAUCGUCAUCAUCUUUUCUUCUUCCACCAUCUCUGGUUUCUCUAAGGCUUGAUUAUUUUAUGGAUGUGGAAUCAUUUUCAGAGGUCUUAAGACACCUCCCCUGCCUUAACAAACUUGAUAUUCAUUCAUGCCCGAAGAUUAGUGAUCUUAAGACAACUUCCGGCCGAUCAAAAUUGAUGAUAAGCGUGUCGCAUUGGGUUUCCGAUGAUGGUUGGGUUGACAAGGGGUCGUGGGUGGCAUCGGUGGCGGAGAAGGACGGAACAGGGGAAGGAGAAGAACCGGUGACACUGAGGAAAAUGAGAAAAGGUCUGUUGUUGAAUGAGGGUGCCGAAGUUGAAGCCGACGAUGACACUGGUGCCAAUGGAGAUGGCGGCGAGCUCAAGAUCGCCGAGAUGGUCGGCGAAGGCUUGGGUGAUCAUAAACAUGGAGUAGGAGGCUAUGCGGCUGAAAAUGGCGGGGCCGACUAUGUGCCAUAG